CUCGCCUCGCUACUCCGGCGUCUCCUUCUGCGUUUUAUUUUCUUCGAUCGUAUCUGCCCUCUUCUGCGUUUUAUUUUCUUCGAAAAGCUAUUAUACUCUGUACUCUAUAAUUAGAAUCACUGGUCUGGAGCUAGUGAAUUCCCCAUUUGCGAGAAACGUUGCCGAAUAAAAACCUGUGGUUAUGGCUUCAGCACCAUCAAAGCUAUACACAGAUGAUGUAAGCUUAUUGAUGGUGACGAUUGAUACCAAUCCAUUCUUCUGGAGCUCGAUGAAGAAUAGUGAUUCUUUUAAUUUUUCUAUGUUCUUAUCUCAUGUUAUCUCGUUUUUGAAUUCAAUACUAUUACUGAACCAACUGAAUCAAGUAGUUGUUAUAGCAACUGGGUACAACUCGUGUGAAUAUGUAUUUGAUUCCUCUGAACCCUCAAAUCAGAGGGCAGAACGCAUGUUGGAGACAUUACAAGAGUUUCUGGACAAGGACGAGUCAUUGAGCCAGGAAUACUCAGUUGAUGGGGUUGGCUCUUCACUUCUCUCUGGAUCACUUUCAAUGGCUCUGUGCUAUAUACAAAGGGUGUUUCGGUCUGGGCCACUCCAUCCGCAUCCUCGGAUACUGUGUCUCCAUGGAUCUCCAGAUGGGCCAGGACAAUAUGUGGCCAUCAUGAACUCAAUUUUCUCUGCUCAACGCUCAAUGGUACCAAUAGAUUCAUGUGCCAUAGGGCCCCAACAUUCUGCUUUCCUGCAGCAGGCUUCAUACAUAACCAGCGGAGUUUACCUGAAGCCUCAAUUUUUGGAUGGACUAUUUCAAUAUCUUUCGACAGUGUUUGCAACUGAUUUGCAUUCUCGUGCCUUCUUACAUCUUCCCAGGCCUGUGGGGGUCGAUUUUCGUGCUUCGUGUUUUUGCCACAAGAAUACAAUUGACAUGGGGUAUAUAUGCUCAGUUUGUUUGUCCAUUUUCUGCCAGCAUCAAACACAAUGUUCCACAUGCGGAUCGGUCUUCGGCAAGACUCGAGCAGCGGUUGAACCUGAAAAAAAGAGAAGAAAUAUGUCACAAGGGGCGUAACAGCCACCACCAAUCUCGAUGAGCAUGCCAAGUUGAUGUUGCACUUCUUUUUUCUAUCCAAAAAGAGUAAUGUACGUGCCCCUUUUAAAAAAUUAUGUAUGCGUUC